AUGGACGCCUCCAGCAUCGCGGCCGCAGACCCGCAAGUGCUGCGCAACCUGCGACGCUGCUCCCGGCUGACGGCCGCCCAGCAGGCCGCCCUCAACAGGCUGCUGGCCAGCGGCAGGAGUGUGCUCGGGCCCCCUGGCUCCUGGGACCUGGAGGGGCUGCAGGCUCUGGGACCCCUGGCCACCUACAUCAGCCCCAGCCUGUGGGUACAGGUUCAGGAGGUAGGAUGGCACCCUGGGUGGGUGGGCGAGCCAGCCGACCUGCCACCAGCCUGUCCGGGCCUGAGGGUUAGCUGCACGUCCACUCUGAUGCCCAAGGGGCGUGCCCCUCGCUCUCGAUCACAGAGUUUCUGUCUGUGGGGAGGGAGGAGGGACCCGGGGGCCCUGGUGGCCCGCCCCGGGUGUGGACUCUCCAGGCCCUCCUGCCAGGCCGUGGGCCUGGACUUCUUUGGCAGCAUAGUGGCCGCGUACCGGGCAGGGCAGCUCAGACAGCGUGACGCCCAGCGCUUCGUCACCGGCUUCCUCGAGGCCAAGGCCAAACUGGUGUCCUCACGGCCCAAGCGACACACAGCUCCAGGGAGACCCUGCACCCGUGGAGACAUCACCGCGGCCGUGCUGCACGAUGACCUCUUCCUGGUGCGCUAUGACUGCACUCAGCUGGAGUCCUGCCUGGACAGCCGCGUGCUCAGGACCAACCUGGACCCCCUGCUGCAGCAGCCACUGCCUGCCGAGUGCCAGCAAGUCGUCAAGGCCAAACUGAUGCAGGUCUACCCCGGCGGCCUCCCUGAGGAUCAGCUGCGGCUCAUCCCCUCGCUGGCCUACCUCUACUCCUGUGCGGAGAUCGGCCAGUGGCACGUCACGUCCAAGGACACGGUCGUGGCCCUGCUGUCCCCAGAUGGGGCCCUGGAGAACCAGACUGAGGCCGUGCUGCAGAAAUUUCUGGACCACAAUGGCACCGUCACGGGCGCCCUGCUCGUGGCUAUUGGGGGCUCCCGCCUCUGCUGGAUGAGCCCCCAGCAGAUCCAGGCUAUCAGGCCCUCAGAGUUCCGGCUGGCGGGGGCCCUGGAUGUCUCCUCCUGCCCUCAGAACCGCAAGAACGUGCUCUACGCCAAAGCCCGCGAGGCCUUCGGCAGCGCCAGGACCACGGCCGCCUACUACCGCUUCAUGCGCCCCUACCUCGGCGGCGCCCCGGUGGAGGAGCUGCGGCACUUGGCCCAGGCCAACGUCUCCAUGGACAUCGACACCUUCACCAACCUGAACCCCCGGGUGCUGCAGAGCCUGAGCGUGGGCAACGUGACGACACUGCUGGGCCAGAACGUGGGGGACCUGCAGAAGGCCCGCAGCCACCCCACCAUUAGCUCCUGGCUCCGCAGCCUCAACCAGUCGGCCCUGGGCGAGCUGGGCCUGGACAAGCACCCCACCGGCCCCACCAGACCCACCCACUCGACCACCGGGACCCCCAGCACCACCCUCUGGACUCCCCAUCCAGGGCUUACCUCCCACCGGCCUGGGGGCCAUGCCCCCAGCUCAGGCAGCCCACCUGCCCCCCCGGGUCACCUGCCACUUGCUGUGGCCCUGCCCUCAGGCCUCCUGUGGCUGCUGUAUAGGGGCACACCGUGGCCCAGCUGGGACUGCUCACAUGGCCUCCAAGGACAGCGCUGCCCCAGCACCACAAGCAGGAAAGCUGACACUGGCAGGUGGAGCUGGACGCCUGCCCAGGCCAAGAUGCCAGCUCCAGGCCCAGGGGACCUGGCCAUGUCCCACAUCCUAGGACCUACAGGGCCAGCCUCUGCCCACACCCAGCUCCAAGAACAGGAGCCAGACUGAAGCCCUGGGCCCGGGGCCACUGCCUCAGCCAGUGGCGGGGUGGGGGGGACCGCCGGCCUCGCCCUCUGGCUUCUUCGAGGUGAAGAACUAAAACCUGGGGCUGGGGUGGGGCAUCUGUGGACUGACUUUGCCGAACUCUUUGAAUAAAAGACAAGCUGAGAGUCCCGCCUGUCCCUUUGCUCUGAGCCUGAGGAGGGACCCAGGACCCUCUUGGCUGGGGUCAGGACUCCCGCCUGCCAGCCCCUGGGGGUGGCAGUGUCACCGGAAGCCACCCCAAAUGUUGACCUGGCCUGGGGGAGACCUGGACAGGGAUGCAGCAUCAGGAAGGGGACAAGG